AUGCCCACAGUCAAGGCUGUUAAGGAUCCGAAGAAUCCAUCGUUAAAAUACUUAACUGUGAAGUUGAAGGAAAUCCAGUUGUCUUUUGCUGAUGUUUGGGAGUUUGUGGAAACUUUCCAGGAAGAUGCAACUUAUGCACAAGUUUCGGUGAGAUUGACAGCGGUGGAUGAUUUGUGGGAGAAAUUUGGUGAAGUUCUUAUUGAUAUCAAAUCACACGAAGAUUUCGUAUCUGACGUUGAAGUUUAUGAGAGAGAACGGAAGGAGUUCAGUGACCGAUACUAUUACGCUAAAUCGUUCUUGAUGGAUAAGGCGAAGGGCCGUUCAGAAUGUAUAGAGCUUAAUCAAUCCAUUCAUGUUAAUGAUCAUAGUCAUUCUGGUGGUUUUGAUCAUGUUCGGCUUCCUCAAAUUAAGCUGCAGUCGUUUAAUGGUAACAUAGAUGAAUGGCUCGGAUUUCGCGAUCUGUUUAUUUCGCUCAUCCAUAACAAGCAGGAUUUGCCGGAGGUGGAGAAAUUCCACUAUUUGAAGGGAUGUCUUCAGGGUGAACCGAAAUCUUUAAUUGAUCCUCUUCAAAUAACAAGGGCUAAUUACACCGUUGCAUGGGAUAUGCUGUUAAAGCGUUACAAUAACAGCAAGCAAUUAAAAAAGCGACAAGUUCAAUCGUUGUUUAAGUUACCUUCGUUGACUAAGGAGUCUGUGUGUGAAUUGCUUCAGUUAUUGGAAGGGUUUGAGCGAAUCGUUAAUACGUUAGAUCAGGUGUUGGAACCUACUGAUUACAAGGAUCUGUUGCUUGUGAAUUAUCUUGUUUCUCUAUUGGAUCCGGUCACGCGAAGAAGUUGGGAGGAGGAAUCAGCUUCAAAGGAACAAGAUGUGUUGGCUGAUUUGACUGGUUUUCUUCAUCGGCGAGUUCAAGUGUUAGAAUCUCUUCCGCAAAGGUCAAAUGAAAAUAGAAACAUACCCUCUCAGGUGGUAACUAAACCAAAGCUCAACGUUCGGGCAUUCCACAACAAUGUUAAUUAUCCAGGAAAUAAAUGUGUUGUUUGUAAAUCCCAGCAUCCCUUGCAUCAGUGUCCGAGGUUUUUGAAAUUGUCGGUUACGGAUAGAGAUUCGGUUUUGAAAACAAAUUCAUUGUGUCGGAACUGUUUUAGAACUUCCCAUAUGGCUCGGGAAUGUCAGUCUAAGUUUUCGUGUCGGAAUUGCGGAGGACGCCAUCAUACACUGGUGUGUUUUAAGGGCAAGGAAGGAGAAAAUCCAGAAUCGUCGAGGUCAGGCGAAACCAAUGGCAAUUCUAAGAGUGAUCAAUUGCGAGGAGAGUCAUCAUUUCGGGUUUCUAACCCAGCUUCAUCAACAUGCUUAUCAUCGGGUAUUGAGCGCAUGGCUAACGGUCGGGUUCUCUUAGCAACUGCUGUGGUCCUCUUAGAAGAUGAGUUGGGAAACAGAUAUCCAGCUCGAGCGCUUCUUGAUUCGGGAUCAGAAAGUAAUUUCAUGUCGGAAAGAUUGAGUCAGCGUUUGACGAUGAGUCGGAAAAGGGUAGAUGUGGCGAUACUCGGCAUUGGUCGGACAUCUACAAGAGUUAAGCAAAAGGUUCAAGCGGUGGUGCGCUCGAGAGUGAACAGCUACUGUAAGGAAAUGGAAUUCCUGGUCCUACCCAGAGUAACUGUUGAUCUUCCCACUGCUACGGUAUCAACCAAUGAAUGGUCAUUCCCAGAUGGAAUUGAGUUGGCGGAUCCAUCAUUUUUCGAGUCGAAGGUGGUUGAUUUAGUGUUGGGAAUUGAAUCGUUUUUCGACUUCUUCGAAACGGGAAAACGAAUUUCCAUCGGUGAUCAAUUACCAACACUAACGGAGUCAGUUUUUGGUUGGGUCGUUUCUGGAGGUUUAUCGCAAUGUACAUCAGCACGGAUUGCGUGCAAUGUUUCAUCAACAGAGUCUCUUGAAACUCUUGUCGCUCGUUUUUGGGCUCGUGAGGAGCUUGGUUCGGAAAACCUAUACUCACCGGAGGAAAGGUAUUGCGAGGAAAUUUUCCAGAAAACGGUACAGAGAGACAGCAAUGGAAGGUACACGGUCUCUCUUCCUAAGAACGAGGAGGUUUUUCCUAAAUUGGGCGACUCAAAGGAAAUAGCACUACGGCGUCUGGGUGCAACUGAGCGUAGGCUAGCUCGAAACGCGGAUUUGCGGGAGCUGUAUGUCGUGUCGUUUUUCAGCCAUCUCUUUACGUAA